UCGCGCGGCGCCGCCAUCUUGCCAGCGGAGGACCGGAGGGGCUGAGCUCCGCCGCUGCUUUUGCCUCUCCCCCCUCCCCUCCGGCCGGGCUACCUUCUCCCGGGCGCCCGGGGGGCCGGAGCCGGCAGGAGAAUUGUUAGUGACAGAGAAUGACAACAGCUGCUUCAGCAAGUGGAUGCAUUGUGCAGGAGGUGACUCUUUACAGCUGCCAGCUUUACUGAGCUCUGCCUUGCCUUCCACCCUUCUUUUCUUGUAGAAGCGGCUAAACAACUUGGGGUUGAUGUUUUGUGUGCCAUCCACUGAAAUUGGGGCCAUCAUGAAUAUAACCAAGGGUGGACUGGUGUUGUUUUCAGCCAAUUCCAACUCAUCGUGCAUGGAGCUGUCCAAGAGGAUUGCUGAGCGCUUAGGAGUUGAGAUGGGGAAGGUUCAGGUGUACCAAGAGCCAAACAGAGAAACCAGAGUGCAGAUUCAGGAGUCUGUGAGAGGAAAGGAUGUUUUUAUCAUCCAAACAGUUUCCAAGGAUGUGAAUACUACCAUCAUGGAGCUCCUGAUCAUGGUGUAUGCCUGUAAAACCUCCUGUGCCAAGAGCAUUAUUGGAGUGAUCCCUUACUUCCCCUACAGCAAACAGUGCAAGAUGAGGAAAAGGGGCUCCAUUGUCUCGAAAUUGCUGGCUUCAAUGAUGUGCAAAGCUGGGCUAACUCAUCUCAUUACCAUGGACCUCCAUCAGAAGGAAAUACAGGGCUUCUUCAACAUUCCAGUUGAUAACUUGAGAGCAUCUCCAUUUUUGCUGCAGUACAUCCAAGAGGAGAUACCAGACUACAGGAAUGCUGUAAUUGUGGCCAAAUCCCCUGCGUCUGCCAAGAGGGCACAGUCGUUCGCCGAGCGCCUGCGGCUGGGCAUCGCGGUGAUUCACGGCGAAGCUCAGGAUGCCGAGUCGGACAUGGUGGACGGGAGACACUCCCCACCCACAGCCAAAAAUGUAGCUGCUAUUCACCCCAGCUUGGAGAUACCCAUGCUGAUUCCCAAGGAAAAACCACCCAUCACAGUUGUGGGAGACGUAGGGGGGAGAAUUGCAAUCAUUGUGGAUGACAUCAUAGAUGAUGUUGACAGCUUUCUUGCUGCAGCUGAGACCCUCAAGGAGAGAGGAGCUUACAAGAUCUUCGUCAUGGCCACGCACGGCCUCUUGUCUUCUGAUGCUCCCCGGCUGAUCGAGGAGUCGGCGAUCGAUGAGGUGGUGGUUACAAACACAAUUCCACACGAGAUACAGAAGCUCCAGUGCCCCAAGAUCAAGACUGUGGACAUCAGCAUGAUCCUCUCGGAGGCCAUCCGCAGGAUCCACAACGGGGAGUCCAUGUCAUACCUGUUCAGAAACAUAGGACUGGAUGAUUAGUGCUGCUGGAAGGAGCCCCCCACCCCAGGCCAAACUGGAAGCAAAGAGAUGAGGAGCUGUGAAGCACCAUGCUUACCUAAAUACUUCAAUUGAGCCACUUUCUGUUUGUUUGUUUGUUUUCUCUUGGUUUCAGUAUCAAGGUAGAACAGUUUUAAAGAGCUUUUGGGUUGGUUUGGGUUUUUUCUUUGCUCCCCCUC